AUGUUCAAGCUCGCUCGUAGUCGGCCUUUCACGGCUGCUCUUAAGCCCAGCAAGGUCUACUCUUCAUCUCGAUUGGCUGGCGUUGCACAACAGAAGAGAGCUCUGAGCAUACACGAGUACCUGUCUGCUGAUCUGCUGCGAAAGUAUGGCAUUGGUGUCCCGCAAGGUUCCGUUGCAACGACUGCCGCUGAAGCCGAAGCCAUUGCCAAAAAGAUUGGAGGUGACGAUAUGGUUAUCAAGGCACAGGUCCUUGCUGGUGGACGAGGAAAGGGUACAUUCGACAAUGGGCUGAAAGGGGGUGUUCGUGUCAUCUACUCUCCAACAGAGGCCAAGAUGUUUGCCGACCAGAUGAUCGGCCACAAGCUUGUCACAAAGCAAACCGGUGCUCAGGGUCGUCUUUGCAAUUCAGUCUACAUUUGCGAACGUAAAUUCGCCCGUCGCGAAUUCUACCUUGCUAUUUUGAUGGACCGAGCAUCUCAAGGGCCAGUCAUUGUUUCGUCGUCACAAGGAGGCAUGGAUAUUGAGACUGUGGCGAAGGAAAGCCCCAGUGCGAUCACCACCACCUAUAUCGAUAUCCACAAGGGUGUUACCGAUGAUAUUGCUCGAAAAAUUGCAACCGAUCUUGGCUUCAGCGAGCAAUGUAUCGAGGAUGCGAAGGAUACUGUUCAAAAGCUGUACCAGAUCUUCAUGGAGAAGGACGCAACUCAAAUUGAGAUCAAUCCUCUCUCGGAGACUUCGGACCACAAAGUCCUUGCAAUGGAUGCUAAGCUCGGCUUUGAUGACAAUGCGGAGUUCCGUCAGAAGGAGAUUUUCUCGUGGCGCGAUACAACCCAAGAGGAUCCCGAAGAAGUCCGUGCUGCGGAAUCUGGCUUGAACUUCAUCAAGCUUGGGGGUGAUAUCGGCUGCUUGGUCAAUGGUGCUGGUCUUGCCAUGGCCACAAUGGAUAUCAUUAAGCUCAAUGGCGGAGAGCCUGCCAACUUCCUCGACGUUGGUGGUGGAGCUACUCCCCAAGCCAUCCGGGAAGCUUUCACUCUCAUCACCAGCGAUCCCAAGGUCACAGCCAUCUUCGUCAACAUCUUUGGAGGUAUCGUGAGAUGCGAUGCUAUUGCGCAAGGUCUUAUCAGCGUGGUUGAGAGCAUGAACCUCCGUAUUCCAAUCAUUGCCCGAUUGCAAGGAACGAACAUGGAAGCGGCACACAAGUUGAUCAACGAGUCUGGUCUUAAGAUCUUCUCGAUUGAUGAUUUGCAAAGUGCGGCAGAGAAGGCUGUGCAGUUCUCGAAGGUGGUAAAGAUGGCGCGUGAUAUUGAUGUUGGGGUUGAGUUCUCCCUUGGUAUUUGA